AUGAGUUCCAGAGAGUUUCCUACGGAAUGGGGAGUCGAUCCAAAAUGUAAUGUAAUGCAGUAUGCGACUGAGCAAUGUGAACAGAAAUGUGUUUGCUCGAGGGCCGUACGCAACCAAAAAUUGAGGUCAUGUUCUUCGCUCAAGUUCUCAUGGAGAUUUGAGGAUUACUACGACGCAAUUAUUAUCAAAAAUCCGGUCUUAUGCAAGCUGUAUGAAAAGUUUACACAUUACCCACUCUUGUACGAGAAAUAUUACAGGGGAACUCUUUUAGAAACGAACCAUAACGUAAACGAAAUUUUGGUUAUUCGUGGCCCAUAUUUGAGUGAAGUUCCUACUUUUGCCAUCUGUAACGAUAUUGCUAGAGAAGAUUUAGAAGAAACGCUCGAAGAACUUGGCGGUAUAGAAACCAUCAAAGAAAUAAUAUCUUCGGAACUAGCGAAACCAAUCAACCAUGGGCGGCCGUUGCCAAAUCCACCGUUCGCGAAAUAUGAUACACUCUCAUAUUAUGGUGUACCGGUUAUGGACAAGCCCGUUGAAUUCGUACCACCACCAAUUCUCUUUAUAGGAUGCUGUAGUUCAGCUGUAAUUUACACUUAUGUGCAGUCGCUCUACAUAGAAUUGAAGAAAAGGCAAUCCCAAGUGGAUUGCACUACCUUGCAAUAUGCAUUGAGAAAUACCAGUGUGACGCUAGAAAGUCAUUUAGAAAUUCAGCGAUUUAUCAAGCUUGCCAAAAGAAAUGUGCACCACUUGGUUUCGAAAUGUUAUCGCCCAAAGAAUAUGACUAAGGAAAUUCUGUCGUCGCUACUUCAAGUAUUUGAGAGGAUGUCCACGUCUGUUGUAUUGCAGUCAUAUGUUUUACCCUGUGGAGACAUCUUCUGCACAGAACCUUCUGUAACUAUUGCAGAUACGCAGGACAAUUAUCAGUAUAAUAUGUUUGAGCAGGCGCACGUAUAUAAGAAAUUGCUGGAUUACGACGAGAAUACUGUUGUCGGCAUGCCGCAAUAUUCUUCUAGUGGCAAGGAUAUAUCCUUAAAACAGGACUAUAAGGGAGGCAUACUACGGAGAAAAAAUGAGAACCGUUCACUGUGA